CGACAAGCACCCACCAAAAUGGGCGCAAAAACAAAAGAAGAAGCCUUACCCACUAACAAUGGCUUAACCGCAAAUAUCCAACAAACACAAGGGCAAACCUAGCAAAGCCAUUGUCUUCUGCUGCGUACAGUGUAGUAAUAGUACUAGUGUUAGUAAUUAACGAGCGGACAAGCACCGCCACACCCACCUGCUCUCUCUCUGUCACCUUUUAAACACGCCGUUUGUCGGAGACAGACGGAGAGAGCUCAACCUUUUUAUAACGGUAGCCGCCUUGGCGUGUGGAGGUGCUCUCAGUUAGCUAUCAUGCGCCGUUUCAAUUGAAGCCUUGAUCGAAAUUUCGUUGGCUGGUUUCUGUUUAAAAUAUGGCAUUGACUGAUAAAGAUAAUGGAAAUGGGAAAGAAAGGGAGCCAAUUGAAGAUAAAGGUUUCUUGAAAGACUCACCGGAGCAUUCUCCUGGUACUACUAGUGGGCCUCCUGUUUCUGUAGCUGCAUCACUGAAGGGUUUUGCAGAAAAGGAUUUUCUCUCUUAUGCCAACAUUCUUCGUUCCAGGAAUAAAUUUGUCGAUGCGCUUGCUAUAUAUGAAAGUGUCUUGCUAAAAGAUAGUGGAAAUGUUGAAGGUUACAUUGGAAAAGGCAUAUGCCUGCAGAUGCAGAACAUGGGAAGACUUGCUUUUGAUAGUUUUGCUGAAGCUAUUAAGCUGGAUCCUCAAAAUGCGUGUGCCCUCACACAUUGUGGUAUAUUGUACAAAGAGGAAGGUCGACUGGUCGAGGCUGCCGAGUCUUAUCAGAAGGCUCUUAGAGCAGACCCUUUAUACAAACCAGCAGCAGAAUGCCUCUCUAUUGUUUUAACAGAUCUUGGUACUAGCUUAAAGCUUUCUGGAAAUACGCAGGAGGGAAUUCAGAAAUAUUAUGAAGCUCUUAAAAUAGAUCCUCACUAUGCGCCUGCGUAUUAUAACCUUGGUGUCGUGUAUUCCGAAAUGAUGCAAUAUGACACUGCCCUUAAUUGCUAUGAGAAGGCUGCAUUAGAGAGACCCAUGUAUGCUGAAGCUUAUUGCAACAUGGGUGUCAUCUAUAAAAACCGAGGUGACUUGGAGGCAGCCAUUGCCUGUUAUGAGAGGUGUUUAGCAGUAUCACCGAACUUCGAGAUCGCAAAGAACAAUAUGGCCAUAGCUUUGACAGAUUUGGGAACAAAGGUUAAAUUGGAGGGAGACAUCCAUCAAGGCAUUGCAUAUUACAAGAAGGCUUUGUAUUAUAAUUGGCACUAUGCUGAUGCUAUGUAUAAUCUUGGUGUUGCUUAUGGUGAAAUGUUGAAGUUUGACAAUGCCAUUGUAUUUUAUGAACUUGCUUUCCACUUCAAUUCCCAUUGUGCAGAGGCAUGCAACAAUUUAGGAGUUAUAUACAAAGAUCGAGACAACCUUGAUAAAGCUGUGGAGUGUUAUCAGACGGCUUUGUCAAUAAAACCAAACUUUUCACAGUCACUAAACAACCUCGGUGUUGUCUAUACUGUCCAGGGUAAAAUGGAUGCUGCUGCAAGCAUGAUUGAGAAAGCUAUCAUGGCAAACCCUACAUAUGCUGAAGCAUAUAAUAACCUAGGGGUUCUUUACAGGGAUGCUGGCAAUAUAAGUAUGGCUAUUAAUGCUUAUGAGCAAUGCCUUAAGAUAGAUCCAGAUUCUCGCAAUGCAGGGCAGAAUCGGUUGCUUGCAAUGAAUUACAUACAUGAGGGACAUGAUGAAAAGCUGUUUGAGGCUCACAGGGAUUGGGGUAGGCGCUUUAUGAGGCUUUACUCACAAUAUACUUCAUGGGACAACCCAAAAGAUCCAGACAGGCCGCUUUCGAUUGGAUAUGUAUCUCCAGAUUUUUUCACCCAUUCUGUUUCAUAUUUCAUCGAGGCUCCUCUUGUUUAUCAUGACUAUGCAAAUUACAAGGUGGUGGUUUAUUCAGCAGUUGUGAAGGCUGAUGCAAAGACUAUUAGGUUUAGAGAUAAGGUUUUGAAAAAGGGUGGGAUAUGGAGGGACAUCUAUGGGGUUGAUGAAAAGAAGGUGGCAAGCAUGAUUAGAGAAGAUAAUAUCGACAUCCUGGUGGAACUUACAGGACAUACAGCCAACAAUAAGUUGGGCAUGAUGGCAUGCCGACCAGCACCUGUUCAGGUGACUUGGAUUGGCUACCCGAAUACAACAGGUUUGCCUACAAUUGAUUACCGGAUUACUGAUUCACUAGCAGAUCCUCCAGAUACAAAGCAAAAGCAUGUCGAGGAGUUAGUUCGAUUACCAGACUGCUUCCUUUGUUAUACACCAUCCCCAGAAGCUGGGCCUGUUUGUCCAACUCCUGCCCUAGCUAAUGGCUUUAUUACAUUUGGUAGCUUUAAUAAUCUGGCGAAGAUAACUCCCAAGGUACUACAAGUUUGGGCCAGGAUACUUUGUGCAGUACCAAACUCUCGUCUUGUGGUAAAAUGCAAGCCAUUUUGCUGUGAUAGUGUUAGGCAGAGAUUCCUUACAAUGUUGGAGCAGAUGGGAUUGGAGCCGUUACGUGUUGAUCUUUUGCCUCUAAUUCUUCUUAACCAUGAUCAUAUGCAAGCAUAUUCUCUCAUGGACAUUAGUUUGGAUACUUUUCCAUAUGCUGGAACGACAACAACUUGUGAAUCUCUCUACAUGGGAGUUCCAUGUGUUACCAUGGCUGGUUCAGUGCAUGCUCAUAAUGUUGGUGUUUCACUUCUCAGUAAAGUUGGUUUGAAACAUCUGAGCGCUGAAAAUGAAGAUGAGUAUGUUAAAGUGGCAUUGCAGCUUGCUUCAGACAUACCAGCACUUUCAAACUUAAGGAUGAGUCUUAGGGAUCUUAUGUCUAAGUCUCCUGUAUGUGACGGAUCAAAAUUUACUCAUGGUUUGGAGUCGGCAUACAGGAAUAUAUGGCAUAGAUAUUGCAGAGACGAUGUUCCAUUUUUGAAGCGCGCGGAGCUGCUAGAACAGCUGGAGUUCCCUGAGAUGGCACCCAUUAAAAACUUUGAGUCAACAAGUAUUGGAUUCUCAGUUGAGAGCACUGUUGAAUCUGUCAAGUCGAAUGGUUUUAGUAUAGUCUCGUCAUCGAUGGGGAACCACUCUUCUGAAGAAAAUGCAAGUCAGAGUGCGAAUCAGUUAAAUCAUACCACAAAUUCAGACAAGCCAAGUUGAAAUUGGAAUUGGCCUAAUGUACGUGUAAGCUAUAGAGGGAAUUGCUUGUGGUAAGCUUUGGGUAUGGACUCAGCUGGCAGAAAGCCGUCUCUGAAGCUUGUCGGAGCAUUGAUAGACAGGCUCUUGUGUGUAUAAUAUUGUGAUUGUUUCCUGCGAAGGGACGAUUCCUUUAUCGGGGUCAAAUUUUUUAGGGAAAGAGUGUUGAAUAUAGCUAGUAUUUGCAAUUGUUGUUGGUACCAGAGAAUUAUAGGUAACUGGAAAGAGAUGAUCACUGAAUUGUUUCAAACAGUUUGAUGCAUCACAAUUUUUCCCCUAGGUUUAUAGGAGCUAGUGUUGGCUUGUAAAUUCUAAGUGGUGUUAUUUUAAAAAUAUUAUUGGGUAGAUCAUGAGUAUAGAGUUAGUACAUGUAUAACAAGCAGUGUGGUCUCGCUAACAAUGAAUAUGAUUUAAUGGAAUUUAUAAUUCACAUUA